GAUGGAGCAGGCCUGAUCCAGCAGCCUGAUCCGGCAGCCUGAUCCAGCAGCCUGAUCCGGCAGUCUGAUCCGGACCUCCGCUCGGUGCUCGGUGCCUCACUGCGGCGCUGCGAUGACUUGAAUGCUGAUUAUUGUGAAGAUCGACAAAGGACACGAGGAAAGGAGGAGAUGAACCGUUUCCUCCGAGCUGGGGAGAAUGGAGGGCUGCUGACGGACUGCAGGGAGCUGUCACCCAACCACACCGCCUCCUCCUCUUCCUCCCCCUCCUCCAUCACCUCCUCCUCCUCCUCUUCAUCCUCCAGCGCCGCUGGCUCAGCCGACAGACACGCGGCCCUGCCCUCGCUCCAGACCCGGGGACCUGUGGGCAGUGGCAGCGGCGGCGGCGGGUCGGAGCCGAGGAGAUCCGCGUUUAAGCGUAGCCGAGCCGGGCGGGAGGGACGAGAGGAGGCGGAGGAUCAGUCCGCGGCUGCGCUCAUAGUGCGGAGUGUUGGCGGAGCCGUGCAGCAGCAGCAGCAGCAGCGGCAGCGGCAGCAGCGUCUGGAGGCUCAAGGACGCAGCGACGGUGUGGAGAUGCUCUCAGCGGUCAGCAGAGACGUGGACGGCAGCAGCAGCAGCAGCGGAAGCGGCGGGUGCGGCAGCAGCAUCAUCAACAACAACAACGGCGUCCCUGAAAUAAUCACGGCCUCCCCUUCUGCAUCCUGCGCCAAAGGCAAGGAAGAGAGGAAGGGGAAAAACGUGAUACGGGGCUGGAAGAGGGAGAGAGACAGGGACAGGGACGCCGCUCCUCCUGCGGUCCGGACGCGGAAGGAGAAGCCCGGUGAUGGCUCGUCUCCUCCUCCCUCCGUCUUCCUCCCGUCGCCCGCCCUGCCCGAGCAUCAUCUGUGCCGCGACGGCCCCGCACACUGCCUCUGCGCCGCGCAAGACUCCUCCAGGACCAUGGGAGAGAACAGUAACGUAAACAAUAGCAGCGUUCACGGGAGUAACGGCGGCGGAGCUGGCAACAAAAGCGCACUGGAUUGUGGAGUUAAAAGCGGCGGCGGUGGUGCUAUUGUUGUCAGGCGGCAGCAUGACGACACGCCGGCGGCCAAGAAACACAGAGGAGCCGAGAAGGUGGACCCAAUGUUCAUGGUGCCAGCGCCCCCUGCUCCAGGCCACCCCGGGGCCCCUGGAUCCUCUUUGCCCUUGCCCCCCUCUUUCUCCUCUCCGGCCCUGCCCACCUCCAACCCAAAACAGCUGGUGGUGAGGACGAGGUCUGUAGGCACCAACACCCAGGAUGGAGGCGGCUCAGGAGCUCUGGAGGCAGACACGGCCUGCCUGGGGCCAUGUCAGCCCGGGACCAGCGUCAACCUGGAGGGCAUCGUCUGGCAUGAGACGGAGGAAGGUGUGCUGGUGGUGAACGUGACUUGGAGGAAGAGAACCUACGUGGGAACUUUGUUAGACUGCACCAAACACGACUGGGCUCCUCCAAGGUUUUGUGAGUCUCCCUCCAGUGACCCUGAGUUGCCAGGGGGCCGUGCGGGGAAAAGGAUGCGAAUGGCCAUGGCCGAGCGGCCCUGCAUUGAACCCCCUUCUACAAAAGUCAGAGGUUUAUCACAGCACAGGAGCCGUGGAGGUGGUGUGGCUGGAACUGCUGCUCCCCUCCACAGCAAGGGACGGAGAGGAAGCCUGAACCUCAUCAACAGCAACUGCCGUGCGACUCCUUCUUUCUUCACUGUGGAUGACGUGAAACCCACAAACAGCACCUCCUCUCUCUCCUCAGGGAAGAGAAAGAACAAACCGCCGGCUGAACUUGACCUCAGCUUGGUCUCCUCUGAAGACAUUAAAAACGGGAACGGUAAGAGGAUCCGAGCCAAAUCCCGCAGUGCCCCAUCCACACCGCAGGGCAAAUCCGACCCCUCGUUCAUGGACCCUGGAGGAGGUUGUGCCUCCUCACCACCUCCCCCACCCAUCCUAAUUGACUGCCCCCACCCCAACUGCACUAAACGGUACAAGCACAUCAACGGCCUGCGCUACCACCAGACACAUGCACACCUGGAGACUGAGGAGCAGAGAAAGCCUGAGCUAGAGCCCUCCAAGGAUGUGGAGGGGGACGAUCGACUGUCAGACUGUGAGGACUCAAUAGGCAACUUGACAUAUGACCUCUCUGAAACAAACAGCGGUAAUGCAAACAGUUCCUCCAAGAAACCUGCUCCUCUUUAUAAGGUGACCACAGUUGGGUCUCCUAAGAACAGGCGGUUGCUCUUAAGUACCGACCACAGCCCCACAGCCAACUCCAAGACCAGAAGAACCUCACUGCUGAAAGAUGGCCUGAUUGAUGAUCUUAGCAAUCUGCCCAUCAUCUCCAACAUGACAGUAGUUCUGGAAAACUGCAUGGUCCCAGACAGAAACUCAAUGGUGGAGAUGCCCAAGCUUGAAGCUGAAGGUUUGAUUGAUAAAAAAGGAGGUGCAUGUGACAAAGGCAAAAAAGCCAACGGGAAGGUGGACAAAUUGUCCAAGUCACGAACAAACAGGCUGAUUGCCCCAGCACCUGCUCCACCAAAGCUGAUAGCCAUACCCAAUACAGGAUAUCCAACUGGCACAGCAGACAGUGCUACCUCACAGCAGCCCUCACCAAUGGCAGCAGUAGGCCUGACGAGUAAAAACCUUCCACUGAAACCCAUCAAACCAAAGCUGAACAUCGUCGUUGAACCCAACCUCGUCAAAGCCACCCUGGUUACCUGCAGCAAAGAGACCAGGAAGAAAGAGAAACGGCGGCUGAAGGACAAACAUAAAGAUCUGCCGACCAGGACACCUAACUGUGACAAUGGAAUCAAACUGGAAGAUGGUGGUGGUUCUAAAAUGGGCAUCAAGGAAAUCUCUGGAAGCCUUCUGAAGGAGCACCUCAGUAAGCAGGAUGUAAUGAAUGGACUCACUGAGAGCCAGGAGAGCAGGAUGGCCAGCAUUCGAGCGGAGGCUGACAAGGUCUACACCUUCACAGACAAUGCCCCCAGUCCUUCCAUUGGUGGUUCAUCACGGCUUGACGCCAGCGGUGGUUGCGUGGUCACUGCAGACAACAACAGUAAAAAUAACAGCCCUGCCUACUCUGACAUCUCAGAUGCCGGGGACGAUGGAGGAUCUUCCGAAUGUCGCUCAGAUGGAAUAAGGUCCAAGUCCGGCUCCUCCACCUCUUCAGAGGUGAGCUCAAACUGUAACCAUGGUAACUCUGGUAAAACACCACCCACAGCACCUGCCCCAACAUCAAAAGACCCCCAAUCCCCGUACUACCACAGCUAUGACCCCUACUACCUUCAGGGGUACAUGCAGUCGGACAGGUCAAACGGUAGCAGUGUUGCUUUCCACAAAAAUUCUGCCCUGGAUGGAAAAGGGAAAGACAGAAAGGAAGAAGUGAAAGAGGAUGACAAAUGCUCUCCCCAUGAGUUUUCAGACUCUAAGAAAGGCGAUGGGCCUCCUCAGUCCCAGCUCCAGCUGGCGAUGAGUCAGACUCAGACUGCUUUGGCCCAGUCGCUGUACUACGGCCAGUACUCUAGAGGACUGUAUAUGGACCAGAAGUUGUUACUGGGCUCCAAAUGCUGUGACCAGACUCACAGUGGCAAGCAGAGGGGCGACAGAGGACAGGGGAUGAGGGACAGUGAGGAGGAUAAAAAUAUGGUUGGGUGUUCAGGUGGUGGAUCGAUGCUAGGUAAAGGUCCAGAUGGUGCUAAAGGUUGCUGCGCAAAACCAGUCCUGUCCUACGUGGAGUUGAGUGAGAGGGUAGAAAGGGGACAGAGUCUGGGCAUGAAGGCAGCGCACAGUGGCAUGGUGGACCAGCACCAGGUCUCGAUGAAAGACUGUGAUGACAUCAAGUCAUCGUCCUCUUCCUCUUCUUCAUCACUCCACAACCAAAACAUUCAGACAGAUCUGGACUCAAAUGUUUCCUUUUCCAGUCCCUCAGAUGGCCUGGCCUGGGCUCACUGCCUGCCUCACAGCAAAUACUCAGAGCUACAACAUGGGGAGGAGGCCGAGGAGGGUGAAGUAGACAGGGGAAAGGAAUGGGGAGCGACCAUGGAGCCUGCCGGUGCUAAGAUGACCUCUGGAGUAGGGCCUGGUGGAGAGAGAGGAGUGGGCCUUGGUGGGGAUGUUAAAAAAUCCAGGGUCCAUGGAUCCCUAGAUCUCCAGCCCAUCAUCGACGCAGAGGAUUCAGACAGGCUGGAGGCGCUGGAUGAUUCAAGCCAGGAGCCAAUGGGAGGGCUCUCUGAGGAGUCCCAGAACGCCAGGGCCGCAGUGUCCCCCCCAAUGACCCCCCAGCAGCCUUACAUCCAGUACCAGCACUCCUCCUACCAGCCCUACCUGUCAAUGUGUGAGAGUGGUGGAGGCUCCUACAGAGGUGUGUCCCCAACCCUGAUCCACAACUACCCAGGUUUCCACUACCCUCUGUACGGUAAGACGGCGGGCAGGGAGGAGUCGGAGGUGACUCCGCCCAGCAGAGGGGGAGCGGUGAGCAGCAAGCAGAGCGGUGACUCCUCCUCGUCCUCAGCCAUGGAGCUGCUGCAGCAGCAGAGCCACCAGUACCAUGGAAAAUCUCCCGCUCCCGGCGAGAAGGGAUCCCCUGAGGGAGAGAGAGAAACGGAGCGAGAGAGGAACCACUUGUCUUUUGCCCGACACCUCCACACACACCAUCACACACACCUGGGUAUGAGCUACAACCUGAUGUCAGGACAGUACGACAUCUACCAAGGUUUGAGCUCCAGGUCGCUGGUCUCCAGUCAGCAGGUGUCAGGACACUCCUCUACAGACAGCGAAGGGAAGAAGUAGGACCAUGUGACCACGUCUCACAUGAGGAACGGCCGAUCUAUCAGACAUCAAUUCCAUGGUGUUGAAUAAGCUUCGCCUCGCUGAGAGGCAGAGAACUGAAAUAAAAUAAAAAAUAAAAACCUCUUUCAUUUCUUACUAAUGAUCACCACCCUGUUUUAUAAGACGUCUUGGAGGAGCGGACGGGCAGAAAGCAGGAGGACGAUCUGUACAAAUCCACAUCUCAGACUCUUAAAGCUUUUGUUGCAGGAGUUUGACAGAAGCAGGAAGCACUCAGCCGAGCCGCGCUGAGGGGUUCAGUUUAUAAAAUGCACAUAUAUGGAAGUGUAAAAUGAUGAUGUGACUGAAUGUACUGAUGACGACUUACUUUAUCCCAAUAGUGUUGCUCAUUUUUUAAAGACUCCUGUUGGGAAGCAGCAUUAGGAAGCUACAAAGUCUAUUAUUCUCCUUAUUGUCCUCCUGAUUAUUGAAGUGCUCCUCCUCCCUCCAUAGUGCUGACGCUACAUUUGUAUUACUAACCUGUACUUGAGCGUAACCAUGUUGAUUGUAUUGUCUUUAUGUGAGAGUAAACCUUCACAUCGACCUGCCCUGUGCCAUGUAGAAGCCCAGUGCUGUAAAUAUUCUGUACAGAUUCAUGGCAGAGCACUAACAUGCUUUCUAUGUCGACGUCCAUCAGCCAAGCGUGGGAGCAGCGGCCAGGGCGGGGAAAAAAAAACCUGCAGGAACCAGAACAAAUAAUCCUAAACCAGCUAAAUCCAGUUCAGCAGUUUAACGUUCAUACACGUGUUACAGAGAUGUUAGCUAGGUUGCAUGCAUGAUGUUUUUGCACACAUUCCUGAGUGCGUCAUUUUUAGAUGUAACGCCGAGGACAGACUACGAUGGUCACUUUGACAGAUUAGGCGAUCACAGAGCCAUAAAGUCGGGCUGUUACUUAAACGGCAGACAUGACAGACGUGAUGACAUUGGAAGGAAUAUGGGCGGGGCUAGACGACACCCUGAAAGAAGUCCAAAGCUGUUGAUGCCAGGGACCGACAAACUUUUCCUCUGUCUCAUAGUUCCGUUGCGUGGAUCAAAACUUCAUCGCUCUUCUUUUGCUUCGCCAUUUUGUUGUGACUGUUGCGGUGCAGAGCGCUCUGUGCUCUCAUUGGUCAACAUUACUGACACUGACACAACACACUGCCGGACGGCGUCCUGCCUGUUGAUAGUUAACGUACUCAACUGUGAAAUGACUAUUUAAAGGUGCUUUAAGAGGCUAAAUUUGCGUUGCAUGACUGUCAACAUUUGUGUAUAUUCUUAGUCAAAUCGAACAGAAGAAUGAAAGAUAAGAAUUGAAUCCACGAUCAUCAGCUGAGAUUUUAAAUGUCAUAAUGCUGCUGAAAUCAGAGGUACAAACUGGGGCUCAUUGAUUUCAAACAAAACUUGUUCUGGUUCAGAUAGAAGUGAUUGUACCCGACCUAAAAAGCCUCUGCAUGUUUCUAAU